AUGUAUCAGGAAAAGUCAGAAUGUGAAAAAUCAAUAAUUAAAACACUACAAAGUCAACAGAAGCAAUUUAUGGACGAGAAACGACGACGUGCAGAGAGAAAUGAAAACAUUUUACGGACAUUGGAACGAGUUGAUUAUCAAGCUCAACUGCUGGCAUCUAAAACUGAAAGAUUGAGGGCACUAAAGAGGCAAUACGAGAGAUAUUUAUUGAGUUUAUGGACGACAAGAAAAGCGACUGAAACAUCAUCAGUUUAUUCAUUACCGCAAAAUCUCAAAACAAUUGGUAAUAUACAGAGACCAUUUACGGCAAAGUAUGACGAAUCACCGAUUCAUCAAUCAUCGUAUUAUACAAGUAAAGCUUCCGCAUUUGUUACUGACUUAAGGCCAUCAAAUUAUCUAUUAAAUGCACCCUCGUAUAUAUCAAUGUCUUCUACUUCUCCAAUUACUACACACACCUAUCAAAAUAAUCAAUCACUCUAUCGUGAAGUGCCAUUGACAUCAACAGCAAUAGCAGAAAAUUCAAUUAUAUCGAGCAAUUAUCGUGGAAGAGCUUUAGCAUCGUCACCUGCUUUAGAAAUUGAACCUUCAUCUUAUCCUUCCACAUUAUUAUAUCCUCAAAUACUUCAAUAUGACUAUACAACAACGCAAAUGCCAAUAGUAUAUACACAUAAAGCUCCAGAUGAUAAUAAUAUGAAUAAUAAAAAAUCAUUUCAUCCUUCUCAUGACAAUGCCAUCAAUAUUGGUGACAUGAAUCAGCCAACAACAAUUAAUUCAAUUUACAGUCAUACGGAUUUACAGCAGCCAGCACCGCAAUUACCACUCGAUGAGAAAUCAUCAUUAUCAUCAUUUCAAUCCAUUUAUAAUCAGCCACAAGAAUACCAUCAUAAUUACAAUAGUGAUAGAAACAUGAAAAUGUCAAAAGCAUAUCACGACAACCCAUUAAUAAAACCAAUUGGUGUUGGUAGUGUUGUGUCUUCAGCAUCAACAGAUUUUAUACCGCAGCAAAAAACUCAACAACAGAAAGUUCCAAUGUCAUUUGAGAAUCGAUUAAAUAAUGACUCACAACAAAUGUUUAAUCCUGAGAAUUCGAUUCAUAUGAGUGAUGCCGAUACGGACGAUAGUAGUGAUGUCGAAAAAUCAUCAUCAAAAAUGACAUUCGGAUAUAAAAAACUUGAUGUACCACAAACAUCAAAUAACAUGUUUGAUAUAAAAUUUAGUGAUACAAAUGUUCAGCAGUCAUGUGAGAAUACGGCAACAAUAGGAUCAUCAGAUUCGUCUACAUUUAUCAAGCAUUCUGAUAUAAAAUCCAUUAAUGAAACAACACCGGUUCUUGUUGCAGCACCGAAUGAUGAUGGAAAUAUUAUGCAUCAGGUGUGGGAGAAGGUGAUUGAAGCAGAACCAACGCCAACAGAUACAGCACAACAAAGUAGUUUUGUUAUACCAAAAAUUAUUGUUGAGACACAAAUUGACUUGACAGAAUCAACAACAAUAAAAGGAACGACAGAACUUGAGUCAAGGGAUAUAACAACAAUGGAUGAAGGUGAGAAACAAGAUAGGGAUAUACCUGAAAAGCUAUUAAAUCAAACAAGUUAUGAAAUGGAAAAGCACUCAGCCGAUAAUCGACAAAAUGAAUCUGUACCAUCGUCCGCAUCUGUAUCUUACAAUAAUUUACCAUUAACGGAUACAGAAAUGACAAUUUAUCAUUAUGACAAACAGCCAACAGACACAAAUGAGCAACAGCCACAAUCGAGUGCUGAAUAUGAAUUGCGUAAUUUUGACGAUAUCAAAAUCUCGUCAUCGUCGGAUGGUGAUUCUAACGUCAUAACAUGUGAAUCUGAAAUGAAGGGCAAUAAUUCAUUCGCUGAAGGCGAUACAGCAGCAGCAGCAACACCAACAACAAUAAAUAAUAUUAAUGAUGAUAAAAAUCUGAAAUCAUCACCAUCUAUACCGACGUCGAUGGCACUGAAUGAUAAAAUUGGUGAAAUCUACCGUAAGAUUGAGAAAAUCGAGGGCAAAUAUUAUGGGGAGAAAGGUAAAAUAAUGGAAAACUUUGAAAUGAGAAGAUUGUCAGCAGCGUCAUUGAGUGAUGAGGCAAAAAUUGACGUUACUCAACCGAUGGUGAAUAAAAAUGAUGAUUUAAGUAAAAUUUCAUCCCAAGAGCAACAAGAAUUUAAUCAGAAUGAGAACGAACGAGAAUUUAGUGUCAUGGACAUACGACAACAUGUCGGUGAUGAUGAUGCAGUUGUAGGUAUUGAUAAAAAUGACAAAAAUUUGAUUUCUCAAAAUGAAUGGGAAAGUAAUCAAAGUGAAUACGCAGUAGAUACGGAUGGGAUUCAAAAGAGUUCAUAUGAGUCCCAAAUGGAUAGCCAAUCUAAUUACAAUUAUUAUCACCAGCAGAAUCAAAGUCUGAAUGAUUCAGGUGAAACACAGCAAAUUGACACAAAUUUUCAACAGCAGCAGCCGGUCGAGUAUGUGGAAAAUCCUCAAUACACUCAAAUGUAUGAACAAAAUCAACAAUCAGUGUUUGAGAAUCAGGAUUAUGCUGUUCCUACAUCUUCCUUUGAGGAUGCAAGCGGAAAUAAUAACAAUAAUAGUGCUGGUGAUUAUCAAACAAGUUCAGUUCAACAAUUUUCUUAUGAACCAUCAGUGCAAUAUCAACAAAACGAUCCAGAGCAGGAUUCCCAGAGGCAUCAAUAUGAGGACUCCUACGAAGAACAGCAACAACAACAAAUGGAAAAUUUAUACGAGCAGCAGCAACAGCAUCAGGAGAAUCUUUCAUUACAACAAUCCGAUAGUGAUGCAAAUAAUUUUAAUCCUUAUAAUCAACAUCAAUUGGAAUCCAAUUAUCAACAGAGUAAUUAUAUUGAAUCAUCAGUUGAUGAUCAAAAUCCAUCUAAUUAUGCAAAUGAAUCAGUUUAUUAUGAUUAUGUUGGUACUCAAAAUCAGAAUUAUUCAUCUGAUGGCAAUGCUACUGAUGUUCCACAAACAAUGUAUGAUGAUCAAAAUUAUACACAUCAAAUGACACAAGAAUAUGAAAGAGGGAAUGUCAAUGAUGUAGAAGGUUCUCAAUUGAAUGAAUAUCUCCCAUAUCAGAACGACAGCAACAUUAUUGAAGGUAAUGUGUAUCAGGAUCAGUCGAAUGAAAACAAUUAUAAUGGCACAGAUAGUCGGCAAGAUGAGAGAAAUUUUAUUGAAACAUCAAAUGGAAUGAGUGCUUCAAAUGACGAUACAAACGAAUAUCAAAAUACAGAUGGUAGUUAUGUGAAUACAACAGAAAUAUAUCGAACAGACACAACACAAAUGACACUUGAGAAUGCAAAUUAUGAGACGCAACAUCUUGUACAGCAGUCAGGUAAUGAAAAUGUCGAGCAAACAACAAACGAGAUUUAUAAUAAAGAUGAUGAGAGCUAUCAUGAAGGAGGAACAGCAUCAACAACAUCAAGUGAUGUAUCAUCAAAGGCACAUGCAAUGGAUAACGAGAAUCGAGAGAAUGUUGUGCCUUCAACAAAGCGUGAUGAUAUUAAAUUGGUAAAGCAAUUACUCGAUAGUGAGUCGUCUGACGAUCCAAAUUCUACUCGCUCUAAUUUACUCAAAACAGCAAUUAAGGAGGAAGUCGAUGAAAGUGAUUUUGAUUUUUCUGCAAAUUAAUUUUUUUUAAUGCCAUGGAUUCAAUAGACAAUUUGAAGAAGUUCUUUAAUUUGAAGCUAUAGAAAUGAUUUUCAAUGACUUAUUUUCAUUUUAAUUGGGACACUUCUGUUUUAUGAUGAAGUCUUCUUGACAUUGUUUUGAUCAUGCUGAGUUGCAUCUGAUAUAGAUAAAGUUGCAUGAAUAUGGGUUAUAUUGUAGCAUCUUUUGACCUUUAGAGUGAUAGGCUAAAAUGAUGUCGGAUUCAGUAUAAGACUGGCACUAAGUUGAAUUAAAGACACGUUAAAAAAUUUAAAUAUUUGCCUUAAAAUGAGAAUUAAUUUGAAAUUAAUCUUUUGAAAAAAUUCGUUUUAAUUUCCACGAACAUUUAUGUUCACUUAUUUAACUUUACUUUAAAUCUUUUAAUGCUUUGAAUGAAUAUGUAAAUUAACAACAUAUAAGGGGC